AUGAAGCUCGUCAACUAUCUUUAUCUAACUUCAAUCGGAGCCUGGGCAUCCAUCCAGCUCCCGUUCCUGCAUAGACCAGCCAGCACUGUUUCAUCUUCACCGCUACUUGAGCUACACAAAGAACUUGUUGAACGACCUUCCACCUCGGGCUCAGAAAAGCCUGUUACCGAUUUCUUGAAAAGCUAUCUUGAGGAUGCUGGGCUCACUGUCGAGAUACAGCCCGUGGCUGAUCAGCGGGAUAACGUACUCGCUUACUACAACAACACGAGAGAUACCAGAGUUUUAGUAACUUCUCACGUCGACACUGUUCCUCCAUAUUGGCCUUAUGAAAGACGAGGUGAUGAGAUUUGGGGCCGAGGGACUGUCGAUGCAAAGGGAAGCGUCGCAGCGCAGAUCAUUGCCGUUCAAGAGCUAUUUCAGAAGGGGAAGAUCGGCGAGGGAGACGUGGCACUUCUUUUUGUCGUAGGAGAGGAGGUCGGCGGAACAGGCAUGAAAAAGGCCAACGAUCUGGGCCUAUCGUGGGAGUCUGUUAUCUUUGGAGAACCAACAGAGCUCAAACUCGCACGUGGACACAAAGGCGGAGUAGGCUUCACUAUCAAGGCUCGCGGAAAGGCUGGUCACUCUGGAUACCCAGAAACCGGCUCAAACGCAAUCGACAGUCUUGUUCGUGGCUUAUUCGCGUUGCAGAGGAUGAGCUUGCCAUGGAGUGACGAGUUUGGCAACAGCACACUCAACAUUGGCAAGAUUGAGGGCGGCGUUGCGGGGAAUGUGAUCCCUGGCGAUGCGUCUGCCACCGGUGGUGUGAGAGUUGCAGGUGGAACUCCAAACGAGAUCAGGGACUUGAUUCGUCGCACUGUGGAAGAGAGUGAUCCGAAUCUGGUUCCUGAAUUUAGUUCAUAUGGUGUUGGGCCUGUGAGCACUGAUUACGACAUUGAGGGUUUCGAAACGGCAGUUCUUAGCUAUGGAACGGACAUUCCCAGUCUCAAAGGCCGCCACAAGAAAUAUCUUUAUGGGCCUGGUUCAAUCCUUGACGCCCACUCUGCUCAUGAACAUUUGAAGGUUUCGGAUCUGGAACAGGCCGUUGAUGGUUACCAAAUUCUGAUUUCUCACGCCUUGAACAAGCCUUCUGAGCUCUGA